UCUUUGUGGCAGCCAGUGCGCUGCAAGCGCUCCGACGACGCGCUUCGACUUUACGCUUUUCCCUGGGAAAUAGAUCCCGAAGGAUCGAGACGCUGGAACCGAUCGAACCGAGAGUGAAAACGGGUUCGUACGCGGUCCGAAACAAAUGAGAACAAAUUACGAUCGUUGCGAACCAAGUGAUACACGCUCGACACGGGGGACGGGAACGUUCUCCGGGUGUUGGUAACAGGAAGUGCGAGGCAUGAUCGAGGAUCGAACCGUCGUUGCGACAUCUUUCGAAUCCUCGCCGGAAGUUACGGAGUGAGUUUCGCGAUCAGUGCGACGGAAACGCGUGGGAUAUCGAGGAAGACUGCUCGGAGGAGACAAAGGUGCGCUCUGCUAAAUCUUCUACCCCCUUAGUCGCGAUCGUUUCUCUCCCAAGGAUCGAAUCAAUGUCUGAAUCUCUUAACGAACUAUUCGGCUAGAGAUUCCCUUACAAUAGAAAUUAAUUACUAGCGUCGAUGGUUCUUCGAUUUCCCCAAGAAUCCUUCAUCAGAAUUCCUCGACUGCUAACUGCGAUCAACUAGAAAGAAAACAGACUUUUUUUAAAAGAAGCACAACUGUUUCGUAAAGAAACGAUCGGUCCAACUUCGUCUCGGGGCGAGGCAUAAAAUGAGAUUCGAAUCGCACGGAAUUAGCGUCGCCCGCGAAACGAAAUUGCGUUCCAAUUCAAACGGUUCUUCGCGAAACGAUGAAAGCUUUUCGUAAAUAUCGGACGAAGUAAGCUUCUGACGUCCGAGUUCCGAAGGAGAACGCGAAGGAAUUCGAGGGAGGUUCGAGAAACUGAUCGAAAGACUGCAGCGGAAGUGCGGAACAGAGAUCGAGGCGCGACGACGCGAGCAACGACGAGGACUGGACAAUCAGAACUCGAUUAUCGCGAUCUUCGAUAAGAGGACCGUGUGAGGGAUCGAGAAAAGGGCGAUUCUUCUGUUCCUGUUCCUGUUCCGGUCCCCACAGAGCUCUCCCCCCCGGGGGAGGUUAAUCCACGGCAACGUGGGCGAACCCUUCGUCAAAAGGAAGCCGGAAAUCGAGGGACAGGGCCAUUCCAGGACCCCUGUAUCGUUUGACGGCCUCCUGCGGGAAAUCCCAGCCUCGAGGAAACCGCAAUUAUACGUGGGAACGAAGAAGGAAAUCGACGCGUCCGGACGGAAGAAUUCGUGUUGGUGUUGUAAUCGGGAUCUUCGAGCCGUGAGUCAGAAGAUUCGAUUGAAAUUGUUAGCCGGUUUCGGUCGCGGGGGAAACCAGCUUCCCCUUAAAGGAAACGCGUCGCGGAACACGUAGCUUCCGAGAAGUUUGCAGAAAUCAGUGCACGAAACUCGGCACAAAGGACUCGAAGAAGCUCGUUCGCCAAGACGGCCAUUUUCGGUAUCGGUUGCAAUUCACGGAAAGAACGUCGGUUCGAGAACUCGUAUCGAAAUGUCAGAUGCCAGGAGGAACACGAACGUGUAGCGAACAUCGAAAAAGACGAGACUAUUUCGGCCUCGUUUGGCGCGCGUUCGCAGGACGAUCCCGUUGCUAGAUCGCGUUGGUGGUGAUUGUUAGUCACCGUGCGAAUCGAGUAAUUAUGUCAUGGUUUCGCGAUAUGCGGACACACGGUGCUGGAAAUGCGGGCUGACGCGUCGCAAAACGCACAGGUGAGCAGAUUUCUGGUAAACUUCCCGGAAGGUCUCGGGAGAAAGAGCGAGACGGCAAUUACCGCAAGAUCAAGAGACGUUGCAGAUGUACCUACGGAAAGCCUCCGGGAAUUCCAUCGGGAUCGGGCAAAUUGAAAUUGAUUCAGUGUCGCUUAACGGAAGACCCGAGACACGGAAACCGAGAUAGCAGUUCGAAGCGUCGAUAAGAUAAAGUCUCCAUCAUGGUACCGAAACUGUUCAUCCUCGGCUCUCACAAAAUUAAGAGGUAGUGAGAGUCGAAUCGAGAAGAAGGAACUUCAAUUUUCACGAGGAUCCUACGAAUUCGCUGAUGAAAUCAAAGAGCAACGCGACGAGGGUCAAGAUCAAAGUUGAUCAAACAAAUUUCUUCCCGUAGAAAAACUUCUCUUCGCGAGAGGAGCCCGGUUUGCUCGACGAACAGAACCCGAUCGAGUUGAUAAGAAGUCGUGAACGAACGUAAUCGAUCGAAGGAUCAUUCAAAAAUGGUGACGUGAAAUCGAAACGGGACGACAGAGGGGACCUUCACCGAUGAAGAAGCAGGCGAAGAAACGGAACAAAGGCAGCCCGAAACGAUGGAAACGAGCUACGAAGCCUUGAACGGAACCAGUCACUACGAUGCUGGUCAAUUAUCGAGAAAUUUCACGGCAAACGAGAACGUAUCGGAAACGUUAGAAUGUAGAGAAGAGAUAAAUUCGAACGCUAUAUUCAAUUUCAUCAUCUGCGGCGUGCUGGUGAACUUGGUCGGUAUUUUCGGGAUAUUCGGCAACGCGAUCUCGAUGAUCAUCCUCUCGAGGCCGCAGAUGAAGUCAUCGAUCAAUUACCUACUGAUUGGCCUGGCCAGAUGCGAUACGAUGCUAAUCGUUAUUUCGGUAUUGAUUUACGGCUUACCAGCGAUUUACCCGUACACCGGCCUCCUGUUCGACUACAAGUUCAUCGUCUACCCGAAGAUCGUGCGAUUCCUGUACCCGUUGUCGUGCAUAGCGCAAAUAGCGACGGUGUAUCUGACGCUGACGGUGACGCUGGAGAGGUACAUAGCGGUCUGCCAUCCCCUGAAAGCAAGAUCAUUCUGUACGUACGGUAGAGCUCAGCUGGCUGUGCUGAUUAUCGUGGUGUUCUCUCUUAUUUACAACCUACCAAAAUUCUGGGAGAUAGACAUCUACACGGAGGUUCACUGGAAAUACGACGUCACGGUGUACUGUCUGUACCCGGCGGAGCUGAGAAGCAACGACUUGUACGUCACCCUCUACGUCCACUGGAUGUACUUCUUCAUUUGCUACUUGUUCCCGUUCUUAGCUCUGGUGAUCUUCAACGCAGCCAUCUAUCUGAGGGUCAGAAAGGCGAACAGGGACUUGCAGCAGCUGUCCCGGCACCAAAGGCGCGAGAUCGGUCUUGCGACGAUGUUGCUCUGCGUGGUGAUCGUUUUCCUGAUCUGCAACAUCCUGCCGCUCGCGUCCAACAUCCACGAGACCUUCCUGAACGAUCCGCCGAUCUGGUUGGUGCAGACGGGCAAUCUCCUCGUGACGAUCAACAGCAGCAUAAACUUCAUCAUCUACGUGAUUUUCGGCAGGAAGUUCAAGAGGAUAUUUUUGAAGCUGUUCUGCAGCUCGAAGCUGUUCGGGCCGGGCAGGGACAGCCCGGAAUUCCAGACGUACGACGAGUCGAUCAUCACCAACAUGACCAACAUAGAGCUCAGGAACUCCAUCAGGCAUUACCACCCGAACAGAUCGAGCACCAUCAGCAGGAACAACAACGUCUCGAACGGUAGCACGCGUCAGAGCUUGAAAGCGUCGGGGAGGCCCGGAAGUCCGGGUCCCUGUGUCUAUUAUCCCGGAAGAAGUCCCGUCAGGAGCCCUAGUCAGAUGUCCAGGACGUCCAGCACCCAGAACGGAUGGAGCAAACGAGACGCGGACUCCACCCUGUAGCGGUUCUAAUUCCUCGAAACAAGUCCAAGAAACCAAGAAAGUCUUUUGGAACGGAGAACUUUUUAAGUCUCGCGAUCGUUCGUAAUCGUUUAAUCCUUAGGAAGACAGGUGCCAGUAUCCACGACGCAUUUCGAUUCGAAUUUCACGACGACCAGUCUGCGACACCUAAAAAACAAACAGAGUGCGAUAUGAGUACAUCGUCUACAUUCAGGGCAGAAGUAAUUGUUUCAAACUAUCAUACAAAGGUUCUGGUAAACCUAAAUCUAUAUUGCAACAGUUCUCAAGCCCUGUCUGCGAUGUUUAUCUCAAUAACGAGCUUCAAAACCGUACGAAUGGCUGUAAAGCAAAGUUCGAACUUACCUCAAUUUUUGUAUCACCUUUCCGUGAACUUCUAUUCCUUGGUUUAUCAUUCUCGAAGCCUUUACACUCGCUGUAUCCUAAUGUUAACACUUUGAUGGCCGGACGAUGGCGAUUUUACGACUUUACGACUGAAACAAUAAAAUCACAUUCGCGUGAGAAUGGCCGUCGAAGUGUUAACGCGAGGAAAACGUUCUAUUACCGUUUCGUUCAACAAAUUCGCGCGACUGCUUCGUUUCAGCGUGAAAAUAAAUACGAGUCUCUCUGCGAGUGUAAGGUCAUCAUUCUCCGAAGCUGAAAAUGAUAACAGCGAUUUAGCAAGGGGAUGAUGAAAUUUUUUAUGUCACCCAAACAUUGUGAUAAAGAAUCGAACGAAAUUAUUCAUGGUUUAUCGUUAGGCUGUUAGACGGUACAGGACGAAUGAUUACCUUAUACGAGUAAGGACUUAAAUGUAAGUAGGACAAUAUGAUCUUCGUGUAAAAACACACCCUCGAUAUUAUAUAAUACACCGUACUUUUAGUGGAUUGUAAAUACUAACCGCAAACUAUAUUAUUUUGAUAUGUUAUCGCGCCCAACGCCGAGACUUUUCCUCGAUACACGAAUAACUAUAUCUAUGACAUCGGUUUCCUUCACGAAAAAAAAAGAAAAAAAAAAAAAUACUAUGGAAGAAAGAAGCGACCAAAAAAUGUAGAUUUCCUGUUAUUCUUAGACGUUUAAGGGCACAGAAGGAUUCGUUUGUCUGCAAAUGAAAAUACAAACGCGAAUACAGUAUUAAGUCUCCCUAAAGCUCUGUGGAUCAUCCAACAAAUGCGAAUAAUGUUUAAAAACUCGUUCGUCUUCGCAUUUGAAAGUUAUAAUGGAACCGUCGACGUAAAUGUUUUUUCGAAAUAUUUGCGCAGAUGCCUGGUCGAGAUCAUCGAGGCAUACGAAACAAUUCUGUUGAUCGUAACGCACUUAUUAUUCUGAAAUAUUAUGGUGUAUCGCGCGAAGAAGAAAAAAGAAAAAACGAGUUCUUCUUGUACCAACGCACCAGUUUUGUUUCGAGAAAUAAAUACGCAGUACGUUUCAUUAUCAUUUUUCACGUCGUUCGAAAUAUUUACAUUUUAUGCCUGUUACGUGUUUUGUACUUCAAAGAACCCAUACCGUUCACGUGUGACAUGAGAAACAGAGGGGGAAAAGUUGCAGCGGAUAUUAUUGCGUCUUCUGGUUUACUACACCAUGGUAUUUCAGAAUUAAAUACAAACGUGUACCUGAAGCUAUUUACUAAGUAGAUCUCUUAGAUUCUUUUAUAUUCUUUCUCGUAAGCGUAAACGUCGGUAUACUUUCAUUAAAUUAUACACAUCUUGUUUAAAAGUAAAUAAGUAUUUAUCAUUUCAUACUACGGAACAUACUCUCGGAAAAGCGCAUAAAUCUUUUAAAGUAAAAACUAAACAUUUUAAAUAUCAUGCGUACGUAAAAUAAAUUGUAAAUAUAAGAAUUUAAAAUGUUCUAUGCUAAUUUUUGCUAGAUACUAAAUUGUACUAUAAACGACUCUUUUAUUGGAGGGGGAAAAAAAAAUGGAAAACUAAGAUGCAAGGCUCUCGCGGCCCGAGUCUAUACUCGAACUCAUGGCUUCCGAAUGCAUGCCGCGUUUAGGUUCAGCGAUUUCCAUCCGGAAACCAUGAAUUCGAGGAUGAAAAACUAUCCCAUUCUACACGAAUAUCAAAAUUUAAAUUUAAAACAGGGGGAAAAGAAACGCUCUCGUAGCUAUAUGACAAAAAAUUACAUGAACUAUACGAAUAUACAUUAUAUUCUAGUCAUGGAAUUUCUAUCAAAAUAUAAUUAUAUUGGAAAUCUUUGUGAUUACGUAUGUAUAUAGAAACAUAUAUGUAUAGCCAAAAGGAAACACGUCGUCAUAAAAAUAAACUCUAUGAAUUACUUGUA